GUAAAAUAGCAUUUGCGGGAAUCUGGCAAAGCAUCCCAAGAACCAAUACAGCUUAUUCAAUCCCAAUUGAAUAGAAGGCUAUAUAUAACCCGCUUCGAUUGCAAUGGCCCCGCCCAAAUCCCUCUCAGACAUUCGCGCCGAACUCGAGGAGCUCGAUGCCGCGUACCCAGAGCUCUCAAUAAUCAGAAUCAGUCAGCCCGUCGCUUCAAAUGCAGAUGUCGUUGAUGAGAAUAAAUUAAAUCAAUUAUCUCCUUCAAAGCAGCGGAUUUCAGAUGUAUCUACAAACGGAUUCGAGAACCCGACGCCGACAGCCCUGGAGGCUGACUUGGCGCAUUAUAAGGAACUUUUCUCUAAACUGCGCUUCUCGUACCUCGAACAAGUUACAAAGGAAAAGUUCCUGCGAGCCAUCGUGGGAGAUCCACCCCUCGUCGUGGGACACAAUGAUAAUGUGGAGCUAGAAGCCCAGCUGGCCCUGGUCAAAGCCGAUUUGAAGGAGCGCAAAAAGGAAGUUGCAGAUUUAAUAGAACAGAUGGAGAAAUCGGGUAGAGAUCUGGCGAGCCGAUACAAAAAAGUCCAGCUCCAAACCACUCAGCUCGCUGAGCUACCUUCGUCAAUCUCUGAGCUUGAGAAUACCAUAGCUGAGCUGCGUGCUUCAUCGGCCAAUGCCUCACAGUCGCCUGAAUCUGGGGAUGUCCCUGCGUCCCAAACUCUCUCGCUCCAGGAUACAAUUGCUCUCCUCGCGGAGCGUGAGGCUGAGCUUGCAAGCCUAAACCACCAGCUGAGCUCGGUAGGACCCGUCUUGCCUAGGAAAGCUAGGGAGGCUGAAGCGGCAGAACGAGAAAUUUCUGGGUUGGAGAGAAGGCGGAACGAAGUUGUUGCUCAAGCGAGAGAAGCCCGCAGGAGGAAGAACGAAGGAGAAAGUGACGGGCUGGAAGAAAUGGGAAGAUGGUACAAAGGCGUAGAGCAAGGCCUUAAGAGCUUGGUAGGAACAUAAAUGAGAACUGCGCUGAAGUAUAUGUGAAUGGGAGGAGAUAAUGGGCGUUUUGGCGUUACGGCAACGAGGACGGGUAUCGUUUACGGGAGUAUACUCUGUAGGCAAGCAAUUACUUCGACAAGUGGAUAUAGGGGACACCGUAGAAUAGGAAUUAGUUCAUGAAC